AUGAAGCAGAGCAGAGGCAAGGGAAAGACGGCGACGGUGCCCCGUCCUGCCGGGGGCUUUGGAGGCGGAUUCGGAGGUUUUGGAAGCUCUGGGGGGCGUAGUAAGCUGUCGUACCUGGCCGAACCGCCCUCGUUUGUUGCUGUGGCGGACCCCAACGUCGUCGUCGCCUUCAAGAACGUGCUUAAGAAGGACGGAACCACCAAGGCCAAGGGUCUAGAGGAGCUGGUGAACCACGCACAGUCGCAUCCGUUUGAGCAGGGCGGAGGCGUCGACGAGGCCGUCCUGGAUGUCUGGGUGCAGAUGUACCCGCGCGUGGCCAUUGACAACUCGCGCCGCGUGCGUGAGCUUUCGCACACCCUGCAGUUUGAGCUGAUGCGCUCGGCACGCAAGCGCAUGGAGAGACACAUCCCCACCAUAGUGGGAGCCUGGCUUGCAGGGCUGUACGACCGCGACCGAGCUGUCUCGCGCGCCGCCAACGACGGCCUCUCCUCGUUCCUCAAUACACCCGAGAAGACACUCGCACUGUGGAAGAAGUGUCAGGGCAAGAUACUCGACUACGCCGUCGACGCCAUCCAGGAGACGCAGGAUACCCUGAGCGACGAGCGCUCCACUACAAAGGAAGACGCAGAGGCCAAGUUUUACCGCGUUGUCACCGCGGGGCUCUCCCUCGUGCUAGCCCUGCUGCAGAAGAUGCAAGACGGCGACAUGGCCAAGUUUCAGGAUCGCUACGACGACUUCUUUGCCCAGGACACCGUCUGGAAGGCCAUCACUUUCGCCGACUCACCCGUCAGAAAGACUGUGUGCCAGCUUCUCUUUGCCUGCCUUGAUCGCAAGCUUCCCUGUACCCAGGACCCCAAGGUGAAGCAAGCUGUCGUUACCGGAGGUCUGCGGACGAACCAGGCUGGCUCGGCCCUGGAGUACGUCAUCGUUCUCACGAAACUGACCCAGUCCAACCCAGAGAUAUGGGCUUCGGCUGGUGAGAAGAAGUCGCCCAUCUCGCGACUAGAGGCCUUCGUGGCCAAGGGCUCCCAGGGUAGCAGCGCCCGCUUCUGGGAUUCUCUCGACCAACUGCUCAAGAGUAUCCCCGUCGAGCUUCUCAGUGCCGACAGGAGCACUCCGCCAUCACUUCUCACGUCUCUCAAGUCUGGCGUCACGAACCGUGAUGAGCCCCGGACCCAUGCGCCAUCGUCCUGGAAGUGCUACAUCAACACGGCAAAGAGACUCUUGGAAGCCCUGGGGGCUGAUGACCAGCUCACCCUCGGAAAGGAGCACUUGUUCCCAAUAUUCGAUCAGUUCCUCUUCCCUGCGUCGGAGAGGGCCACAGUGCUACCAUCGGGACCCAACGCAACGGCUAUUCUUGUCCAAGCUUAUCUAGUCCUGUCCUCGACAGCAAAGCCUCAGCUCUCGUCGGCGUUCGGUCAAGAAUGGGAUCGUCUCGCCACCAUGUUUUCCUCCAAAAUUUCAGAAUCUCUCCCCGAGGUGGCCAAGGAGUACCAGUCGUCUCAGGACAGGAUCGGCGAGGAUGGAAGACGCUGGUUUGGCCUGGUCGGACAUAUACACCAAAAGCUUCUUUCUGAGCCGGAUGAUUCCGCGACUGACUAUACCGCCGACCCGUCCGACAGGGUCAUCUCGCAAUGCCUAUCGCUUUUGGAGAACCGUAACCUCAAGCCGUUCGGCGCUGCCCGCAUCGUUGAGCAUGCACUGAGCACAUCUCCCCACCUGUUUGAGGGAGCAAGGUGGCAGGCUCUGUCCGAUUUCCUUGUCUUGGCUGCCGAGAUCGACAUGGCCAAGAUUGUCGACUCGCCGUCGUCCCGCCACUUCCUUUCGUGGGUUCGUCUUCUGGGCUCGUCUACCGCAAGAGACCGGGACUACUCCCGACUGUGGAACAGCUUGGUAGAUGCCGCGUUGGCACUUGAGAGCGGAGAUUCCCGCAACUUGACGCUGGCAAGCCUGAUCUCUCAUGAAAAGGGGGCCGAACUCGCCAAGGAGAACAAGACCCUUAAAGAGGCCGUGCUGGAGCAGGCAAUUGCCACCGCACAAGGGAAGACAGAUGCCUGGGACCUUCUUGAUGCUGCUGUCACUUACAGUGCCCUGGACGAGGACGUCUACCAUGACCUCGCGCAGAACGUUGUGAAAGCCCUGGACAAGGACGCUGAAACGUCGCCAAGUGCUCUGCGCGCGCUGGAGAUGCUCGUCAAGGCCCGCCCCCAGCUGUUCUCGGCCGAUGAGAGCCUUCAUACUGCCCUUGUGGCCAAGCUGUUGAGCCUCUCAGAGAUGGCGGAUGGGGCUGCCUCGCCAAAGUUACAGGCAAUACGCGCCCUCCUGGAUAGCAGCUCUGAUGGUAAACUUCCUGUCGUUGGAAUCAUCCAGUCCAAUUUGGGCCGGGCUACACCACAAUCUCUAGACAUUGAAACCAUUGCCACCCAAGCUGAGGCUGCUGCCGACGUCCCCCUUGAGGACCUGUUCCCCAGCACCAGCGUGUGGACGCAAGAGCUAGUACCUCUGUUCCAAAAGCCCAUAGACCCGUCACUAUCCAUCACUAGCAGCGCAGGCGGUGCCGCUGCUUUGGUCAAGCAGGAGGAGGAUGUCAAGGCAGCUCCAGUGGGCCAGAGAGAUUCCAAGGGUCGAUCUGUCCCCGUGCGAAUGGCGCUUUAUCUAAACAGGAUACUCGAAAGCAGGCUUGACUUUGCAGCACUCCCUGCCCAGCUCCAGGUUGAGCUUCUGUACCUCCACUGGACGACUGUGCAGAUUGUUUCGGACCAGAUUACGACAAUGGACUACGAUGGACCUUGGAAGUCGCUGGCCCGGCCGGAGGACCUCUCGGAUGCCGAGGAGCUUGUCUCGCGCGCACGCAACCUCAUCAUUAACAAAGUUGGCUUUGCCGCCAGGUCGUCCGCGAGCACCGAGGAGCCCAUGGCAGAGAAGCUCCUUGAUAUGUUGCUGCACAACUCGGCACAGCUGACCUCCAAGGGACUGUACAGCUCCCGCUGCCUGCUUGAGAUGAUCCAGUCCAACGUCGAGGUCUACGGGCUGUCGGCCGGUCUCGAGGAGCGCUUGCUGGAAACGGAGCUGCUGAAGGCAACCCCUGCUACCGUGCUGGUUGCCGCGGCCGUACUUUCCGGGCUAGGCGAGACGGCGCAGGCAUCUAAGCAGGUCAAUAACUUCUGCAACAGGCUCGUCAGUGACGUUGCCGGUGCGUCUGCACAGACGGAAAAGGCACACAUGAGUCUCGUCCUACUCACUGCCUGCGGCCAGGUGUACGACAAGGGUGCACUGCCCGUGGCGAACAAUAGGAUCGUGUUUGCCGCCAAACAGAUUACUUCGUGGCUGGACGAGCCCGAGACGUUGAGCCCCGCCUUCUCCGCUGAAAUCUGCCGGUCGCUGACGCGGCUCCUGCCUUGCAUGAAGGAUGUCUACGGAUCAUAUUGGGAGAAGACUCUUGAAUUCUGCAGUUCCCUGUGGACCAGGGCGGGUGAGUACUCCCUGGUUGAGGCCCUGGCCUUCAUCCAUGCGUCCAUCAAUCUGGUCAGGGCGCUAGAGGCCCUCGAGGAGCCCAACGACGACCUGGAGGACGCGCUAAAGGAGUUUAGCGAGCACAAGUCCAAGGCACUUGUGGAGCUGCUCAAGCUGCCGCGGGAAGGGUCGUCGUCGCUGUCUCUCAGCGUGGUGGACGGCAUCAUCUGCCGCGAGGUGGAGAAGCUGCCGAUGCGACACAUGCCCGACCUGGGUGACAUGUUCCCUCUCGUGGCGGCCGAGUCACGCGAUAUCCAGACGGCGGCUUUCACCCUCCUCCACCGAGCUCUCCCCGCACAGCAGGCGCAGAAGUCGGUGGACGUGUUGCUCGACAAGACGGACGCCCGUCUACCGGACGAGCUGCUCUCGCUGUUGUUGAACGCGCCCACCCUGGAGUCGUACUCGGACGAGAUGCUGGCGCGCUUCCCACCUGCUAUCCGGUCUUACCUCCUCGCGUGGACGCUGGUUUUUGACGCCUUCUCCACGUCAUCGUUCAAAGUUCGAGGUGACUUUUCCGACAACCUCAAGGCGGAAGGGUGCUUACCGCCGCUAUUGGAUUUUAUGUUUGACGUGCUGGGCCACUCGGCGGCGCACGCGUUCAGGCUGGAAAAGGCGGGUCUGGGAACGGAGCAGAUCCGCAACUACGAUGUGAAGCUGGCGGAUGCCGAGACGGAUGAGAAGAGCAUGCAGUGGCUGCUGGUGCACCUGUUCUACCUGGUGCUCAAGUACGUUCCCGGACUAUUCCGGUCGUGGUACAUGGACUGCCGGUCGAAGCAGACGCGCAUCGCUGUCGAGGCGUGGACGACGCGGUACUUCUCGCCUCUAACAGUCGACGACACCCUCGACGAGGUGCAGAGAUGGGUGGACACGCAGGAGCCGAGCACCGGCGACGACGAGCAAGAUCUCAUCGUCAAGGUAUCCCGAACCGCACGCGAGGUCACGGCGGGAUACGAGGUGGACGAGUCUCAGGCCGCCAUAGCCAUCAAGAUCCCCUCGAGCUACCCGCUAGAGGGCGUGACGGUGACGGGUCUGCACCGCGUGGCCGUCACGGAGCGCAAGUGGCAGUCGUGGAUCAUGACGACACAGGGUGUAAUCACCUUCUCCAACGGCAACAUCAUUGAUGGCCUGCAGGUUUUCAAGCGCAACAUUGUCGGCGCACUCAAGGGCCAGGGCGAGUGCGCCAUCUGCUACAGCAUCAUCUCGACGGACAAGCGAAUGCCCGACAAGAGGUGCACGACCUGUCGUAACCUGUUCCACAGGACUUGCCUUUACAAGUGGUUCCAGACGAGCAACCAGAAUACCUGCCCGCUGUGCAGAAAUCCUAUCGACUACCUUGGGGCGGAUACGCAAAAGAGGAGGCAAGGUUGA